AGUCGGAGUCGAGAUUCCAUAAUUUAAGAGCAAUGGCGGCAAGUUUAGGUGUGCUGGGUGAAACAACAAGCAAAAAAGUCUUGUCUUGCAAGUUACUUGUAGUAGGGGCUGGUGGAAUUGGCUGUGAAUUGUUAAAGAACUUAGUUCUUACAGGAUUUCAAGAUAUAGCUGUGAUUGAUUUAGACACAAUUGAUGUCAGCAAUUUAAACAGACAGUUCUUAUUUAGGAAGGAACAUGUUGGAAAAUCAAAAGCACAGGUUGCAAAAGAGAGUGCUAUGAGCUUUAAUCCCAAUGCAAAAAUUGUGGCAUAUCAUGACAGUAUUAUGAGCUCAGAUUAUGGUGUUGAUUUCUUCAGGAAAUUUGACAUGGUGAUGAAUGCUUUGGACAACAGAGCUGCUAGAAACCAUGUCAACAGAAUGUGUCUGGCUGCGGACAUCCCCCUGAUAGAGAGUGGGACGGCCGGUUACCUUGGACAAGUGACAGUCAUCAAAAAGGGUUUAACAGAAUGUUAUGAAUGCCAACCAAAGCCACCACAGAAAACAUUCCCAGGAUGCACCAUUAGAAACACACCAUCAGAGCCCAUCCACUGUGUUGUAUGGGCAAAACAUCUAUUUAAUCAGUUGUUUGGGGAGGAGGAUCCAGAUCAGGAUGUGUCCCCCGACACGGAGGAUCCAGAGUUAGCAGCUGAGGCAGGUCAGACAGCGCUGACACAGGAGAGGAAAGCUGAUGUUGCCGGGGGUAUAGACAGGAAGUCAACGAGAGCAUGGGCAUCAGAAACAGGAUAUGAUGCAAAGAAGAUAUUUAAUAAGUUAUUCAGGGAUGACAUUAAAUACCUUUUAUCAAUGGAGACCUUAUGGAAGAAAAGGAGACCACCUGUUCCUUUGGAUUUUGACAAACUACCUCAUUCAGAAUCUUCAGAACCGUCCAGUGUGAUGAGGGAUCAGAGAAUUUGGUCAAUGAAGGAGUGUGCUGAGGUGUUUACCGAUUGUCUGGCUGGUCUUAAGAAGGAGUUUGCGAAGCAGGGAGAAAACGGCAUGCUGAUCUGGGACAAGGAUGAUGAACUAGCAAUGGAUUUUGUGGCAAGCACAGCUAACAUUAGAUCUCACAUAUUUGGUAUCAACUCUAAAACUAGAUUUGACAUCAAGUCAAUGGCUGGAAACAUUAUACCUGCAAUAGCAACAACAAACGCAAUCAUAGCAGCACUGAUAGUGAUGGAGGGAAUAAAGAUUUUAAAUGGAAGAAUAGAGGAUUGUAAACAAAUAUACUUAAACAGACAACCCAAUCCCAGAAAAAAACUCCUAGUGCCGUGUGCUCUUGACAAACCCAGUCCGAAGUGUUAUGUGUGUUCAUCAAAGCCUGAAGUCACAGUGGUGCUAAAUGCAGAGAAAAUUACAGUCAAGACACUGGAAGACAAGAUCUUAAAAAAUGCCAUAGGGAUGGUGGCCCCAGAUGUAGAAAUUGAUGAUGGAAAAGGAACUAUUCUCAUUUCAAGUGAAGAGGGAGAGACAGAAGAAAACAGUGAUAAAUUUUUAAGUGAAUUCCAUAUAGGAAAUGGCAGCAUUCUUAAGUGUGAUGACUUUUUACAAAGUUAUGAAUUGAAAGUGAUAAUAGCACAUACGGAGAAAUUGGAGGAGGAUAAGGAAUUUGAUGUGGUUGGAGAUUUAUCAGAGCUUCAGGCCAAACCAGAGGAGGAGAAAACAGCCAAUCAUAACGGAGGCACCAAAGACCAGGAAGAGGAAGAAGACGAUGUCAUGGUGGUGGACGAUAUUGAGGUUAUCAAAACUGGAACAAAACGCAAAGCUGACCAAGAUUCUGAGUCAAUCAAGGCCAAAAGAGUGAAGUCCAGCACUGACCAAAAUGAUGAUAUAGUGAUUCUAUAAAUAGAACAGGGUGAUCACCAAGAUCUGAAUGGGACAUGAAAAUAAAGCAAGGGUUAUUAAGAUGUACCCUGAAAUUUGAAGAUUCUUGUACAUGACUUGUUCUAAAAUUUUGGAUGCUUCUUGAGGUCUACUUGUCUCAGACACUAACAUUCAGUGACAGAGUGGCUAGCUUUAUGAGAAGUGCUCGUUUGAAAUCAGAAUCUUUUCUAUUUUGAAGGUUAGGUUGAUUUCUUACACAUCAGCAUUGAAUCAGACUUAGUUAGCUCAUACUAAGUUGAUAUGAAAUCAUUAUGUUAAGAAAGGUGUUAAAUGAUAUUAUGUUAAGCAACAGAAUUGCUUUCUUUAUAUUGAUACGUUAUGUUAUUAAAAGACUGAUUUAGGGAUUUUUCAAAAUAAAUUGUGUACUGAUAAUGUACUGAAACUUAUGAUUGCCACUUAUAAUACCAGUUAUAAAUUAAAUGAGAUAGAUGUGUCAGAAGUACGGCUCAGUCACUAACUUACUGGGAUAUACUGUACUUGUAAUUUCCUAUAAUAUAAAUGCACAAAUAUAAUGCUACAAUAAAGUAUUUGAUCUUAAAGGAUUCAUCUCAGAUUUCAAACAAUUUAUUCUUGCUAAAAAUUGGAUUCUUUCUGUACAAAUGUGAAGUAUUUUUAAGAUUUUGAGAUGGUAAGUACUCUGUAAUAAGUUUGCUGGGAGUAUCAACCAAAUUUCAAAACAAAUUACAUCUGUAAUUUUGAUAACCAGGUUUGAAGCUGAAGUGUCUCAUGUUUGUAUUGAGCAGGGCUUUUUUUUCCAUUGAAUUAAGUGCUUAUCUAAGAAUCAGAUUGGAAACUUCAAAACGUGUAUUUUGUCAUGAAUUGUUGCAUAAACAGUGAUGUAAAAUACACAUGUAUGCUAACACCACUCAAAAUAAAUUUUUACCUGAA